CAGCUUGGUGGGUGUUGUUCCGCCUGUCUGUGCCGGGCAAGGUGACAGCCAUCCCCUCAUGGCCGCGGCGGGCGGGCCUGGGCCCACCUGUGUGCUGGGCAUUGACCUGGGCACGACGUCGGUGAAGGCAGCGCUGGUGACAGGGACAGAGCGAGGGCUGGCGCUGGCACAGAGCUGCUCUAGGGAGACGCAGGCACACAGCGAUAGCCCGGGAGCUGCACCGCAGGGAAUGGAGCAGGAUGUCCAGAAAAUCAUAAGAGCCCUGAAUGAAUGCCUUGCUGCUCUGCCUCAGCAGCAGCUUCAGCAAGUCACCCACAUUGGUAUUUCUGGACAAAUGCAUGGGGUUGUGUUUUGGAAAAGUGAUAAAGGGUGCAAGUGGUCAGAGAGUGGCAGAGGCCCUGCCUUUGAGCCAGACAAGGUCAGCCACCUGGUCACCUGGCAGGAUGGCCGCUGCAGCCCCACCUUCCUCACUUCCCUUCCUCUGCCUCACUCACAUGUGAGCCUGGCUACAGGGUUUGGAUGUGCCACAAUCUUCUGGUAUUCAAAGAACAGUCCAGAUUUUCUGAAGGCUUAUGAUGCAGCUGGCACCAUCCAGGACUACGUGGUUGCCAUGUUGUGUGACCUGAAGAAGCCACUCAUGUCUGUCCAGAAUGCUGCCAGCUGGGGAUAUUUUAACUGCAGAAACAAGAGCUGGAAUACUGACAUAUUGAAAAAGUCCAGCUUUCCUGUUCACUUGCUUCCAGAGGUGGGAGACCCUGGCAGUAUUGCUGGCAGGACAACCUGUGCAUGGCAUGGAAUACCCAAAGGAGCAAAAGUGGGAAUUGCUCUGGGAGAUUUCCAGUGCUCUGUUUUUUCCUGUCUGACUGAGAGGACUGAUGCAGUUCUUAAUAUCAGCACCUCUGCUCAGCUGACCAUCUCAAUGCCCCUGGGUUUCCAGCCUCCAGAGGCACCAGAUCCUUCCUCAGCUGUCACUUAUUUUCCCUACUUCAAUGGUGACUACUUGGCAGUGGCAGCAUCACUCAAUGGAGGGAAUGUGCUUGCAACUUUUGUGGGAAUGGUGGCACAGUGGGCACAAGAGCUGGGAUUUCAGGUUCAUGAAUCUGCCAUCUACCCAAGGAUAAUCCAAGCAGCCUUGGCCCAAAAGCACAGCAAGCUCUCAGUCCACCCAACCAUAUUUGGAGAGAGACACCUUCCUGAGCUGCUGGCAUCAGUGAGCAGCAUUGGUGCCUCUGAGCUGUCCCUGGGCCAUGUCACCAGAGCCCUGUGCCGUGGCCUCGUGGAGAACCUGUGCUCCAUGUUACCUGUGCAGCACCUGGAGGAGGUGGGGGUCAGGAGGGUCCUGGGCAGUGGCAGUGCCCUUGCCAGGAACGAGGUGCUGAGGCAGGAAGUGGAGAGGAUUUUUCCAUUCCCUGUGGUUUACGGGAAGGAUGUGGAUGCUGCUGUGGGGGCAGCUAUGGUGAUGUUCCAUAGUAAAUAAAGUCAU